AUGGGGAUACAACACCUCCUGCUACUUUUGAUAUAUCUGGACCCUUUGAAUGUACUUAGCGCAGCCACGGGUAAGAAGAAGAAUGCACCGAAGCGGGCGCCGAAGGGGAAAGAAGUGAACAGCACUAUCGCGCCGACCGUGCUGCCGCCGAGGAGGCCAACACAACUCGAAGCGCCGGUAGUCAUCGGCGACCAUGACAUGUGCCUGGGCUACUUCGACGUUAGCGGACAGUACGACAAAGAGUUCGAGUGCAACAACACAGACCACCGGUACUGCUGCGGAAGCUGUUACUUGCGGUUUUGUUGUAACGAGAAAGCCAAACGCUUGAACCAGAAAAUAUGCAGGAAUUACGUGACCCCGGACUGGAUGGUCAAAACUCCCUCUCCCUCACCCACACCUACAGGAGACUCCUACGACCCCGAGCUGGAUCAAACGAACACCACGGUCUAUGUCACGUGUGGCGUAAUAGCUUUGAUAAUCGCCAUAGGAGUUUCAGUCAAAAUCGCCUAUGACAAAGUUAUCAACCCCCCUCAGGAAAUGAAUGUCCACAGAGCACUUCAAGACAUCAUGAGGCAGCAAGGCCCCCUGGAUGCGGCCCAGUACGAGAGCGAAAACAUGGCAGCGAUCGACAACUCACCCCAGGAGAACACGCCUGUGCGGACAUCAAAGAACCAUUACACGCCGGUCCAUGGCAAACCCAACCACGGCCAUUACUCGAAAGAGAACUUCAUCCGCCAGGCCAGCCAAGACCCCCACAACUUCAUCAACUCUGGGUUUGUGACGCUCGGCCGAGGGCACCUCAAAGCCCAGCACUCUGUGGACGAGCUGGGGAUCUCCUGGGGAGACAGUCUGAAUGUCCCCCUCUCCUACAAUAGCCACCAACAUGACUUCGGAAGCCACCUGGACCUCACAGCCCAUACACCGAAAAUUGCCCACAGAAUUGACCGAUAUGAGAAGCCGCAGCGGAUGAUGAACAACAUCCUGACGUCGCAGACGGAGCCCUACGAUCUGUCCUUCUCGCGCUCCUUCCAGAACCUCGCCCACCUGCCCCCCUCCUACGAGCUGGCCAUCAAGUCUGACUUAAGUAAAUACUCCUCUCUCAAGAAAUUAACCGAUGACAUGGACGAGUACUACAGCCGGAAGCGCAGUCACCUGCCCGACGUCACGUCCCGAGGUGGGGGCCUGCAGACCCACAUGGUCAAGCUGAGCAGCGACGGCUCCGGGCAGGGUGGAGGCCAGCAACCACACCGGCAGAAGAAGCGCGUGCAGAGGGCCAUGUCCCAAGACCAUGUGCUCUCCCCAGCACGGGCGCCACUCCGCCAGGAGUACAGCCUCGCCUCCUACGGUGGGGGUGGUGGAGGUGGCGGUGGCGGUGGAGGACGUCCCCUCUCGCCUCGUCCACACUCGCCUCGUCCACACUCGCCUCGCCCCCUCUCGCCCUACCACGGCCGCGUCCAUUCCCAGGAGCAGCUGCUGUCCGCCGACCGGCUGCACUCCCAGGACCCCUUGCUGUCGCCGGACGACAUGCUGUCAGCGCGCCGCCAUUACUUCCGGGAGAAGGGCGCCAUGUCGCGGGCCAAGUCGCACGCGGACAUGCUCAUGCCCACCACGCCCGUCAUGGACCGCCACUACAAGAUGCAGAAGAUGCAUUCGCAUCCCAGUGCCUCCAACCACGACCACCACGACCACCACGACCACCACGACCACCACAGCACAGGCAACACGCUGACCGUCAGCUCCGCCACCUCUAACAAGCGCCAGGCCUUCGCCUCGCGGCGGACCCACACGGUGGACCACCUCCAGUACAUACCGGGACACCAACACCACCACCAAUACCGCACAGGCAGCAAGACUGAAGUAACUGUCUAG